AUGUCUAUUCGAUUCGCUCGGCCGUCGCCGCUGUAUGAAAAUCUAUUUCACCUCAAGUUGAUUUACUGAGUGUAAUUGUAAUUACAAUGACUGCAUUUGAAGAAUUCGGCGUUUUGCCGGAACUAGGAAAAGCUAUCGAGGAGAUGGACUGGACCCUUCCUACGGACGUCCAAGCUGAAGCUAUUCCUCUUAUCCUUGGUGGAGGAGAUGUACUUAUGGCUGCUGAGACAGGCAGUGGAAAGACUGGUGCUUUCUGUCUGCCAAUAUUACAAAUAGUUUGGGAAACAUUGAAGGAUAUACAAGAAGGGAAAACAAGUAAAGUUUUACAGACAACUUCUUCAGAGUGGACCAUGUCAUUUUUUGAUCGAACUGAUGCGUUGGCUGUUACGCCGGAUGGUUUGCGCUGCCAGUCCCGUGACGCCCAGGGCUGGCAUGGUUGCCGCGCCACUAAAGGAGUUCAUACAAAAGGAGCCUAUUAUUAUGAGGCAACAGUCACCGAUGAGGGGCUAUGUCGUGUGGGAUGGUCCACACAAGCUGCAAGACUAGAUCUGGGCACUGAUAGACUGGGAUUUGGUUUUGGUGGCACAGGAAAGAAGUCAAACGCCAAGCAGUUUGAUGAUUAUGGGAGUGCUUUCGGAAUGAAUGAUGUUAUUGGUUGCCUCCUGAAUUUGAACAAUGGUGAAAUAAGAUACACAAAAAAUGGAGAAGAUCUUGGUGUGGCAUUCAAAUUGGAUCAGUCAAGAAGGGCCGACUGCUACUUCCCGGCUGUUGUGCUGAAGAAUGCUGAAAUGAGCUUCAACUUUGGAGCAAUGCCUUUCAAGUACCCACCAUCAGGGGAAUAUAUAGCAUUGAAGCAAGCACCAAAAGAGUUUGUGAAAAACAAUGUAGUGGCAGCCGGCGCAAUAGCUGAAAGUAAACCUGUCAACAAUGCCCCACAGGCUAUUAUCAUUGAGCCCUCCCGCGAGUUAGCUGAACAAACUUGCAACCAAAUCACAAAAUUCAAGAAGUAUUUAGAGAACCCGAAAGUUCGGGAACUGCUUGUUGUCGGAGGAGUCAACGUCAAGGAUCAGAUCAAUCAACUCAAUGCUGGUAUCGACAUAGUUGUGGGCACUCCAGGCCGACUUGAGGAUCUCAUUCAAGGAGGUUACCUGGCCCUCACCCACUGCCGUUUCUUCGUUCUGGAUGAAGCGGACGGUCUUCUCAAGGCAGGUUACGGGGAGCUGAUCGAGAGACUCCACCGGCAGAUACCGAAGAUCACGUCUGAUGGCCGCCGGCUGCAGAUGGUGGUUUGUUCAGCCACAUUGCACGCGUUCGAGGUCAAGAAGAUGGCGGAGAAACUGAUGCACUUCCCGACGUGGGUGGAUCUGAAGGGCGAAGACGCGGUCCCCGAUACGGUGCACCACGUCGUGGUCAUGGUGGACCCGCAGAAGGACAGGAGUUGGGAGACUCUGCGCAGGCAUGUGCAAACAGACAGCGUGCACGCCAAAGACAAUAUCCGUAGUGGCAACACCACGCCGGAAACACUGUCAGAAGCCGUGAAGAUACUCAAAGGAGAAUACUGUCUGCGAGCCAUCAGGGAACACAAAAUGGACAGGGCGAUCAUCUUCUGUCGCACAAAACUCGACUGCGAUAACUUGGAACGCUACAUGAAGUCGUACGGCAACGAGUUCCCGUGCGUCUGCCUGCACGGGGACCGCAAGCCACAGGAGCGAAAGGCGAACUUGGAGAAGUUCAAGCAGAGCCAGGUCAACUUCCUCAUUUGUACCGAUGUCGCCGCUAGAGGAAUUGACAUUUCGGGACUACCUUUCAUGAUCAACAUCACUCUUCCCGAUGAGAAGUCUAACUACGUGCAUAGAAUCGGCCGUGUCGGUCGCGCCGAACGUAUGGGGCUUGCCAUCUCGCUCGUAUCUUCAGUGCCGGAGAAGGUGUGGUACCACGGCGAGUGGUGUUCGUCCCGCGGCCGCAAUUGUUGGAACACGAACCUCAUCGACGAUCGGCCCAAAGGCUGCUGCAUGUGGUACAACGAGCCACAAUACUUGGCAGAUAUCGAAGACCACCUGAACGUCACUAUCCAACAAAUAGAAAGCGACAUGAAGGUGCCGAGCAACGAAUUCGACGGGAAGGUCGUCUAUGGUGAGAAGAGGAAGCAAAUCGGCUCUGGAUACCAGGACCACGUAAGUCAAAUGGCGCCGGUCGUUCGCUCGUUGCAAGAGUUAGAAUCACAAGCUCAGCUUUACUAUCUCAAGAUGCAUCAUAAUGUAACCAUCGCCUGAUUGAACUAUCUUGUAAUACUUAACUUUAUUUAUAUUAAAUAGGUAUGCAAACAGA